AUGGGAAAAGAAAUAGUAACUGUAUUGGAGGAUGACGCCAUAGUAGAAUCAACUAAUGAUAAUGUCAUAACGUUGGAAAAAGAUGUCAUACGGGGAGAUGGUGCAACUGAGCCGCAGCCGGGAAUGAAGUUCAAGGACGAAAACGAACUGUUUGACUUUUACAAAAGAUAUGCGUAUGAAAAAGGGUUUCCGAUGAGGAAAAGGAACUCGAAAAAGGGAGAUGAUGGAGUAGUGAAUUACGUAACAUUGACAUGUAGUCGUGACGGCAAAAGAAGUUAUAGUACAAAUUCUACUUUGAAACCGCAACCAACAAUUCAAACAGGUCGUAAAGCAAGACUCACUGCAGCUUCAGACAUUCAUGGAACAUGGAGAAUUUGCAUAGUCCAUCUCGAUCAUAAUCAUAAAACAAGUCCUUCGAAAUCAAGGUUGUAUCGAUGCAAUCGGGAAUUGAGUGCACAAGUGAAACGGAAGCUUGAAGUCAAUAAUGUGGCGGGAAUUCCGUUGCACAAGAGUUGCAAUUCCGCAGUUGUUGAAGCGGGGGGAUAUGAGAACAUAACCUAUGUAGAAAAGGAUUAUCGAAACUAUGUUGAAAAGUGCAUGCACGGCAAAGCUCCUAAUGGAAUUAUCACUGAUCAAGAUAGGGCAAUGCAGAAUGCAAUUCAGAUUGUGUUUCCAAACACUAAACACAGAUGGUGUUUAUGGUACAUAUUAAAGAAAUUACCAGAAAAGUUUGGAUAUCAUGCUGAAAAGGGCUCUAUUUUUGCCUCUAUCCAUAGAUUAGUAUAUGACUCACAGUCUACUGAAGAAUUUGAACGAGGAUGGACAAUGACAACUGAUACCCAUAAUUUAAAUAACAAUGAAUGGUUGUCAAGCUUGUAUGAGAACAGAGGUCGUUGGGUCCCGUGCUAUUUGAAUACCACUUUUUCGGCUGGUAUGUCAACGACACAACGCAGUGAAAGUAUGAAUACAUUUUUCGAUGGAUAUAUGAAUUCGAAGACAUCAUUGAAGCAGUUUGUUGAGCAAUAUGAACGAGCUCUACGAAAUAAGGUUGAGAAAGAGUUCCAAGCAGAUUUUAAGUUUUACUCACAAAUGGUGCCUUGUGCAAUGAAAUAUGUGAUGGAAAAGCAAUUUCAGAUCCUUUAUACCAUUUCUAAGUUCAAAGAAUUUUAG